GUACAAUACAUUAGUGUAUUAAUAAUCGCACAGUCAUUGUGUGUAAUGUAUUGAAAGACUAUACGAAACAAUACAUUCAAUUCAAUCAAUCAGUCAAUCGGUUUGAUUGUCUCCCGAAAAACAAAUCAAUUUUUUGUGACCACUUUUUUUUGGUGACCACCAAUCCCAAUGUCUUUGCCAACAAAACAGCAACGUUUGGUCAGCGCCGAUGACGGCGGUUGCAGCGAUGAUCAGCUACUGAGGCCACCGCAAGCCGACAACAAUAUCUUAUUGAACGGGUUUCGGUCGAUUCGUCAACAAGUGACUGGCAGACAUCCGCUCGAAGCGCUGGACAAGACAUACGAUCGCCGUACGGAUGGCCAUAGUUUUCAACUAUUAAAAUCGAUUCAAGGUAUUCACGCACCGUUGCGGCUGAUUCACGAACGUCGGGCGGCCGGUCAGAUCAAUCGUCUACCAGGAUUACAAUCGUCCAAUUUGAUGCUCGACGUACUGACCGGUCGGGACGAGACUAUUAGUCCCGAAGAUUUUCUAAACGAUGUCAGUCAAUAUCAGGAAGUGAUGGCACCGACACAUCUGCUCUGCGAAAGACAAUUCAAUAUAUAGUGUGUUUUGAAUGAAUGAAUGGAUGAGUGGUUUGUGGUAAUGAUGAUUAUGAAGAAGAUGAAGAAGUUAUGAUUCAUUUAUUAUUAUUAUUGAAUAUCUAUUUAUAUAUCUUUUUCUAUAUAUAUAUAUAUGUGUAUUGUUUGAUGGCUUCUUAAAAAAAUACCAUAAUUUUGAUUAAAAAAAAUUAAUUGAUUUGUUUUUUGUGGACACAUUAUUACGGUAUUAUUAUUAUUAUUAUAUUAGU